AUGGGCUUACAGCAACUCCUCCACGGCGCCCUACUCUUCGGCGCGUCGGCUCAGGCUUUUGUCUUCCUUCCGCGCCCAACAGACCCCUCUCAACCACUGCCUCCUGGGAAUGGGUGGUCGCCAGUACCAACAGAAGCACCAGACGCCGGGUUGCUGCGUCGGAAUAUCGGCCUGCCUGACAAGUACCUGCUAGCUCCGGACAACACGUGCGGCUUCAUUGAUGGCCAAUUAAGUGAGUGUCAACGCUAUGGCUUUACUGCUUCCUCGUCAACCACGUCCAAGUCGUCGUCAUCCACCGAGUCUACUUCCGAGACGUCCUCCGACGCGCCCACGCCUACCGCUGCGUCCUCGACUUCCUCAGCCGCAGCCGACGCGACCCGUGCCGGUGCAGCCACGUCUUCGGCACCUCCUCCCGUAGCCGCGAGCGGAGGUCCCCCGGUGGGCGGAAUUGUGGGUGGUGUGAUCGGUGGUAUCGCCAUCAUCGUGCUAUGCAUUUUCGGGGCCAUCUUUCUCCGCAAGCGCAGGCAGAACGAGCUCGCGUCGUCCGAGCUGCCCCCGUCCCAGCCGUUCAUGGCCCAACCCACGUACCCGAACACGCAGCCGCCUCCUGGGCCUUCUGGGCCAUCAGGAGCCUACGGACAGGCCGCGGGUGCUCCCGGAAUGUCUGGUUAUCCCCAGUCCGCCGCAACGCCGGCUCAUCAGCAGAACAUGUACGGUACUGCUGCGGCCGGCGCAGGUGCCGUAGCAUCCGCUGGUGCCGGCACCUUCAACUCGCGUCACAACUACGCGCCUAGCACGCACACCGCCCAGAGCAUCCGCUUCGAACCGAGCCCAAUGGGCACGCCGACGGGUAGUCCCCAGCCGCAGUUCGCCCAGCCUCACUUCACCCCCCAGCAAUUCCAACAACACCAGCAACAGGCCCUACCCACCUUCCCCACGCCCCCCUUCUACAACAACUCCCCGCGCCCCUCCCACGACCUCCAACGCGUCGACACCUACGGCACCACCGGCAACGGAAUCGACACCCCCGACCGCCGCUCCACCUCCACCCCGGUCUCCACCUACAACGGCACCACCCCCGUCGCGCCAGCCUCCGCAUUAGGUCCCAUGCCCGGCGAACCAGCCCACCCCAGCAGCAACCCCGGCGCCAACCGACCCGGCAGCAGCCGCGGUCCUAACCCCAACAAUGCCGGGGGUGUACCACUCGCCCUCCAACCAGCAGGCGGCAAGCCACCAGGAGCCUACAAACCGUAUCGCCCCCCGGGAGCUGGCGCUCAGGGGGCAAACGGGGGGAGUAUCUCGAGUUUGGCGGGGAGUAUUAAUACCGCGGCGGUGGCGAUGGUUGUGCCGAGGAAGGCGGUGUCGGUGUCGACUACGCCGGCGCCGACGCCGCCGGGACAAGCGCAGGUUCGGGCGCCGAUGAGGGCGAUGACUGGGGCUGUUGAAUUGCCAUAG